UCGUCGCCGACUGUCGCCAUUGAGACCAGGGAGUCACGAGCUGUGUGUCUGGUUCGAGCGUGUCCGAACGUGUCGAAGUGGUGACUACUGGCGACAGCGGUCGUCCUGCAGUCUCGCGGCGGGAGGACCAGAGGGAGAUCGAACGGAGAUCACACGAGACGUCGGACGGUCCAAAAUGGCGGAGGCCGUUGUGGACGGGGCCCCGAUGUCGCGGUUUUUCUGCCACCAGUGCAGCGCAGAAAUCGAACACUUGUUACCCGAUUACACAUGCCCAAACUGCUACAGCGGUUUUAUAGAGGAACUCGAGAAUAGUGGGAAUGAUAGUGGCUCUAGUAUGGAUAUGGAAGCUGACGCAAUCAUGCGUAACGAUACGAUAUCAUUUCUGCCACGGUAUACCUUCGAACCAGAUGACAAUAGGCUUGUAACUAGGAGGGGAUCAAUAUCACUUCAUGAUUAUACAGAUGCACGUCGCUCCGGCAGGUACCCUGCUUCCUACCGCACCAGGCGUCAUCCCCAGCGCGACCGUGACAGACAAUCGUUGAUGCCAAUAGACAGCCUUAUACAAAACUUUAUUUUCAACCUCUCCAGGUUUGGGUUGGGCCCGUUGGCACAGGGAGUGCAACCACCUGUAUCGAAUAUUAGACUGUUCUUGGGCAAUCCGGGUGAUUAUGUAUGGGGACGAGAUGGAUUGGAUGCCAUUGUUACGCAAUUGCUCAAUCAAAUGGACGGUACUGGACCGCCCCCUUUACCCCAAAGACAAAUCGACGAAAUACCUACGACGGCAGUUUCUCAGCUGCAAGUUGAUAUGAAACUGCAGUGCUCGGUCUGUUGGGAGGAUUUUCAGCUCUCCGAGCCUGUGAGGCAACUUCCUUGCCAACACUUUUACCAUGCCCCAUGCAUCGUCCCCUGGCUUGAACUGCAUGGAACCUGUCCCAUAUGUAGACAGAGCUUAGGAGAUCAGAAUUCAGCAGAAGCUAAUCAAGACACCGUAGGACCUAGCUUAGCUGCUCUAUUCAGAGCGGCCAACGAGUCCAGCAGUAGCAGGACGUCUUUCACCUCGUCGUCGUCAGCGGGAAAUAGUUCUAGCGCCGAGUCUGCUAACGACAUUUGAAGUUAAGGGAGGAGCUACCUUCGUUGUUUCUCUCCCAUGGUCUAGCCGUAAUCUUUACCUCCCGUGUCACAACUUCGAGCCUCCUCCUCCCUGCGCACGGUUACCCUCCGUAAUUGUCCUUUAGGACCACCGAGUAGUAUAAGGAGAUGUGACGUCAUGGAUUGAAAUCAUCCCCACUUUAGGGGUCCGAGAUCUUCAAAUUUUUCCCGCUCUAGGGCCGAGAGCUCCUCCUCAAUUAAAUUGUGCUAUUAAAAAUUAUCGUCUUCUAGCGGGUCUUUAUCGCGUUAAAUACAUCACAUUCUGUAUAUCAUCCGCGGAUUAUAGUUUCGCUUUGCGUACCUUGAUUGUAAAAUUAAAAGCAUUUUAGGUCAUUCACGUGACGUAGAUUGGAGUUCCCUCGUUGUCCGCAAGUAGCGCUCGCGUCGUUAGAUCAGCGGUGAUCUGAGAUUAUGGGGUAACUUUCCGUGGGAGACCGAUCAUCGGCGUUGUGUCUUCGUGUACUACUUCGUGGUGGGGACAUGCGUAUAUACUCGUCAAGUCUGGAAAAAAAAGUGAUACUCAAGACAUCGGGAUAUCUCUCUUUUUCUCUCUCUCUCUCGUUCGAGCGGCCAGGAGGAAAAACGAGCGAGAAAUUAUUCACUAGGUACAUGUAACUCGCGUCUCUGCGCUUCGGCUAGAAUAAAUGGCGGAAUAAAUUGGAAACUAUCUUACUGGAUCUCAGAAUGUCAUUUGUCGUGUUGGAAUGAACUGUUAAGAGGGUGCCGAAGUCGAUUGGAACGAUCGGAUCGAUCCGAGCGCCAUUUGAGCAAUGAACAAACAGGCAGUAACAUUACCGAUUGUCACGGCGUUCCGUGAAAAAAAAAAUAAAUAAAUAGGAAACCUACGCACACUCUACAGGCAAUGCGAAGUACUGCAGUCGGUUACUUAUGUCUGCCUAUUUUAUAUUGAAACUCGAAGAUGUUGGGAGGUAACGGAAUCUGUUAAGUUUCAUUUUUUUCCCUCGAUGUCAGUAUGAUUUGGAUUAUCGUUCCACUGAUCCGUUGUAUACCAGGCUGGAAAAGCAUUUUUCAUUUCGGCGACGAAAUGCCCCCUUUUUUUCCCUGAACUCGUAAACCGUCAUUAAGCCGGUGAUAGGAAGGUUCCUCUUAACAUAGCAAGGCUGACUCUGCGUUUGUUGUAUUUAUUCGAUCGAUCGAGGCAAUUGUUGCCAGGAGGCGGUCAAGAUGGCGGCGGCAACUCGCGACUGGAUCCGUACUCGUUGCCCAGACAAUAUUAGAUUGAUUUGCGGUCUGCAGUGUGUUAUUUCACUGUACUAGGCUUACCGAGACGACGUACUAUCGCAUGUAUAACGUUUACAUGUUUGUUAUUCAUUUUGCGAUCUCUUUCCUUUAAUUAUUAGGCUCGCUCGGAUGCCGAACCGCUCGCGCGCUCUGCUAGAGAUUUGCAAACCACCUUUGAGGGACUGUCUCGAUGUAAUUGUUACGCGUUUGUCAAGGUGAGAGAGGGAAUUAGGCGUAGGUUGUCGUGCGGAAAGGUUGGCUCGAUUGUAUCGAUGGGAUGGAAAUUGUAAAUCAUGAUUUACGAUCGCCGAUUUCUUUGGACGUUGAAACUAGAUGUUAAGAGAGGAGACGCGAGAAUUUAAUGGACCGCUGACGGAGAUGUAUUUCGUGAUAUGGAGAGGAGAUAGGUUUUCGAUAUGCAAAUUUCGAGUCGGCGUUUUUCUGCAAAACCAUUGUUUCAGGCGAGAGAGGGACGGGAAGACCGUGUACAGAUUUCGUAUGUCAUGGAAAAAAAAAAAAAAGUACUGUGAUUUUCAACAUAAUUUCCGAAUGGUGAAUCUUUUUUUUUUUUUUCUUUCGGGAAAACCUUAUGACGUCAAUGCGUUGUUCAUAAGAUGCACAGAAAUGGUUAGGAACGUGGAAUCUUAAAAUGGACCACCCUGUAUAUCCGGAUGCGAGUCGAGGACUGUUUCGGACACAGUCACUGCAAGAGGUCACUGCGUGUACUUUUCCACUUCGCAUCGGGUUUAUAAUUAUAAUGUAAUUACAUUGAGCACGCACGGUAUGCGGAAACUCGGCUUUGACGAUGUACAUGAGGAAUUAGGGUUUGUACAAGUUAGACCGUUCCCAGGAACGAAACGGGCUUAAUGUUUGGCGACGCUUCUACGCCGUUUUCGCGGGUUUCGCGAAUGUUGACUUAUUCAUUUUCGUUUCCCUCUCUUUCUCUCCCUCCUUGUUUGUCGACCCGACGUUUCUUCUACGACGAACAAUAGGUAAUUAGUGGAGAAAAUCCGACGCUGGUGGCGAUCGGCCUGUUUCGGCACGGUGUGUGCAACUCUCAAUGUGACACGAUCAUUUUGCUUGAUAGUUUAUAAACGUGUAAAUUAGCAGAGUACAAUAAAGAAAGUCAAAUAUAUUUAUUCGCAAGGAA